UACUGAUAUUCAAUGGCCUCCAAAAAUAGUAAUUUUAUAUGGUUCAAACUGAAUAUAUUUAGUACUGAAUACCGUGUUUAAUAAAUAAUACGACAAUAAGGGUUCCAAAGUUUCUCCUCCCUUUUAGGCCUAUCAUUUCCUGCCUGUUAAGGGUGUGGCAGGUAUCUUACUAAAAUUUGAGAAUCCUGUCUCUCCUACAUAGCAUCAACUUGUGGUGUAAAAAAAGUGUAUAUAUCCUAGUAUUUAUGUUUUGCUAACUGUCCUAAAAGGCUAGUAUGAAUAAUUAAUCGCUUUAUAGAGAGAAUGUACUGGGAGUUCCUUAAUGUUCCUUGAUUAUUUAGGUCAGUGGUUCACCAACUUUAGCAUAUAUAAUAAUCAUUGGAGAACUUAUUCAAACACAGUUUUCUGAGCCCGGUACCACAGACUGUGAUUCAGUAGGUCAGGACUGGAACACGAAUCUGCUUUUCUUACACACACAUUACAUGGAUGCUCACGGAUAUUAGGUAUAGAAGCGACUUAUCUGUAAUAAGGCCUUUUUUCCCCCCUUUGGUCUUUCAGUAAAUAAAACUCGAGCUGAUGAGGUACAAGAUAAAUUCCCUUAAGCCGAAACCGCUUCUUAGAAAAGUACUACAUUAACUCAAUUGUAAGAUAACCAUAAAUUGGAUUUAUUUUGACUUAGUUGCUGUCAAUUUCAGUCUACGGUUUCAGGACAACUAACUCCAAGGAAUUCAGUCACCUGUUCCUUCUUUAGAACUGCACUGUGCUCUGGCUUUCCAGAGGGCAAGGGUCGCCGGGGCCCUGCCGAUGAAGUUCUAGGCCAGAGUCACUUUUUUUUACUUGCCUUAUCAGAGGUAGAGCGUCCAGCUUGACAAACUCUGCAGAAGGCUCCCGAUAGGGAAACCCGUGAGCGCCAAUCUAGGAGACCAAACCGACACGCUGAGGUCGACCAACCCAACCCCGGGGUCCUUGGGUCCUCCUCGGAGCCCAGGGAGACAAGAGUGGGGAGAGGAAGCCCCUGAAGGAGAGCCACAGGCAGGUCUCAACACGCCGGAGAUCACGCUGCUAAUCUGUGGUCCAAACCGCCCGCCGCCUCCGAGCAGUAGUCGGACUGCCGCCCCCCAGGGAGCCACUCAGCCCAAGAAGCAACUCAGCCCCGGCUCUCUUGCUCCAGAGAGGCUCUGCAGGCCGGCAUCGAGGCAGGCGAGCUCGUCCCGGCAUCUCAGCCCACGCCGUGGUCCACUGUCUUGCGAAGAUGUCGGCCAAGCCCUCUGUCGGCUUCGUGAACGAGGCUUCUCGGCAGAUCCUGGCCGGUGGUUCUGCUGGUCUUGUAGAAAUUUGCCUGAUGCACCCUCUCGAUGUGGUGAAAACCAGGUUCCAGAUUCAGAGAUGUGCAACUGAUCCAAACAGUUAUAAAAGCUUAGGAGACAGCUUUCGAAUGAUUUUCCACACGGAAGGGUUGUUCGGUUUUUACAAGGGGAUUCUACCACCCAUCUUGGCUGAAACACCGAAAAGAGCAGUAAAGUUUUUCACCUUUGAGCAGUACAAGAAAUUGCUUGGAUAUGUGUCUCUGUCACCAGCAUUGACAUUUGCCGUUGCUGGACUGGGAUCUGGACUAACAGAAGCCAUCGUGGUCAACCCUUUUGAGGUAGUAAAAGUUGGCUUGCAAGCCAAUCGGAACAAAUUUACAGAGCAACCAUCCACCAUGAGUUAUGCAAGACACAUCAUUAAGAAGGAAGGUUUGGGACUCCAAGGCCUCAACAAAGGAUUUACAGCAACUUUGGGACGUCAUGGAGUUUUCAAUAUGGUUUAUUUUGGCUUCUACUUCAAUGUCAAAAACAUUAUUCCUGUCAAUAAGGAUCCAACUUUGGAGUUUUUGAGAAAAUUUGGGAUUGGUCUUCUCUCAGGCACAAUAGCCUCAGUCAUUAACAUCCCUUUUGAUGUUGCCAAAAGUAGGAUUCAAGGGCCUCAGCCAGUUCCUGGAGAGAUCAAGUACAGAACCUGUUUUAAAACAAUGGCCACGGUCUAUCAGGAAGAAGGCAUUUUAGCUUUGUAUAAAGGCCUGCUUCCCAAGAUUAUGAGGCUCGGACCAGGUGGUGCAGUGAUGCUGCUGGUUUAUGAAUACACCUAUUCAUGGCUUCAGGAGAACUGGUGAUUGCCUACGGUGUAUUUUCCCCCCUUGUGAAAAUGGAUUUUCAUUACACAGCACCAUCAGGAGGCGAGAAUAUCUAUCAGUUAAGCCCAUACAAUGAUAAAUUAUAAUUAUACACUUAGAUACAAUUGUAAAGGGUAAAACAGUGUGCUCAAGAACAGAACCUAUUUGAUACUUCAAAAAUUAUCUCUAGACAAUUUGAAACUGUCGUUUUAAUCAUAUCCUUAAAACUAUGAGGAGAAAAUUAAUACUGUGAAGCAAUGAAAUAUAUAAACUGAAUAUAGAAAAGUAGCAUGGAAAUUAGAUAUAUUCCAUAAAAACAAUACAAAUUUUAUGACCUAUGUUCCUCUUACAUGGCUUUGCAAUAAAAAUUCAUUGUAUUGAUGAUUAUUUUUUCCCAAAAGGUAAAGAAGUGCUUAUAAGUGAAAAAAGAUGCCAAAAUUUAAAGUUUUUAUAAGGAAUUAAAUUCUUCCAUAAAUAGUAUUUAAUCAUAUACAUGGAAAAUGUUUCUGAAGGGUACUAAAAUGGCCUUUUUAAAAUUUCAUGUAAAAUGUGAAUUGUUGGUUUCCUUUAGUAAUAAUAUACAUCUCAUCUGUAUUUUCCUAAACCUACUUUAUAUUUUGCACUGUUGGUUAAAGCAGAUCAUAUUUUAAAAUUUUGAUAUUUGAAGUCUUUUGUGACAAAGAUAAAACAUGAAACUAUACGAAACUACUUUUCUUCACAUAGUUCCCUUUGAAAACAAGUUUUAAUGCUGAAAUAUGUUCAUGUUGAAUCACAAAUCUGAACUGCUCCUUAGGCCUGUUUGUGCUGUAUUUGCAUCAGAUACCUUUUCUCAGAAUUCUUACCUAUGCCAUUUUUUUUUUAAGGAUGUUUAGAAUAAACUAUAUUUCUAGUUUACUAUUUUUAAGUGAUGGUUUCAGAUGUGAAGUCUACUAACUUCAAUGUUAAAAUAUGUAUUAUGAAGGAGAAAAUGUUUCAAAAGAGAAGUACAUUCUUGGCAUUUCCAAAGAUGCCUGUACUAACAUGCACUCAAAAAAAUAUCUCCUUGACGUUGAUGUAACGAAGCUUAAUUUUAUAUCUGCAUCCUGAAGUGAUGCUCCUUCAGUAGCUUGAGUCAACAAAAAUAUCUGCCUGUUCUAGGAUGACACCUGUUCGUAACUAUAACCAGGAGAUCUGUCUACCAUGAAGCUGUGUCACUAAAACAUUUUGAAAAAAAAUGAAAGAUAA